AGACGGGGGGCGGGGGAAGAGAAGUUUACAUGGUGAUCAGAGUUGAUUAACAACCAGCCAAACAACAAAAUGCCCUCUUCAUGCAAAGAAAUUCGCCAAGAGCUAAUCGAUUGCAUGUUAAAGUCAAACUGUGUACUUGUCAAGCGUAACACUGUGGCCGAAUGUUUCAAAAAAGAUAAAGAAGGAGAAGUACCCGAGGAAUGUCAGAGCAUCCGAAAGAGUUAUGCUGAAUGCAGACGUGGAAUGAUUGAUCCUCGUAUGCGGUUUAGAGGAAAUAAGACGCAGUAGGAUAGAAACGGACCAAAUCAAACCAAAUUAGACAAAAGAGAAGACAAGACAAUGCAAGAGAGCUUAAUGGAUUUGUACUUGUUCACUUGCUAAAUAUUGCCAAUCAUUUUGUACUUCUUUUUCGUCCUUGUCUUUUUUUUUCCUUGUUAUUUCUGUUCUUGUUCUUGUUCUUGUUCCUGUCCCUGUCCCUGUUUUUUUUCCUUUGCCUUUGCCUUUGCCUUUAUUUAUUAUUAUUAUUAUUGUUUAUUAUUAUUAUUAUUAGUAUUAUUGCUAUUAUUGCUAUUAUUGUUAUUGUUAUUGUUAUUAUU